CCCUCCGACCUGCAGCUUGCCUCCAACCAUGAAGCUCCUCGCGCUCGCGGUGUUCCUCGCGACGGUGUCCUCGCCCGCCUCGGCGCUCUGGCCCCAGCCACAGAGCCUCCAAACGGGCUCCAGCACGCUCCGCCUCGCGCCAGGCUUCCAGAUCACCAUUGCCGGGCGCGGUGUCCCGGGCGACCUGCUCGCCGCCGCGGGGCGCACGAAGCAGUACCUCACCAGCGACAAGCUCGGGCGGCUCGUCGUCGGCCGAGGCGCGGACGACUUGCACACGUUCGCGGCCGCCAAGACGCUCUCGCGCUUGACGCUCUCGCUCGAGAAGGGCGCGUCCUUCGCGUCGAUCACGAGCGAGGCGCAGAAGGCCCCUGAGGAGCGCGACGAGGCGUACCACCUGGUCGUGCCUGCGGACGGCUCAGGCGCGAGCAUCACCGCGAACUCGACGUUGGGCCUGUUCAGAGGCCUCGCGACGUUCGGCCAGCUCUGGUAUGAGCAUGACAACACGGUGUACACCAUCAGCGCGCCCGUUACUAUUGCAGACAAGCCUGCCUAUCCUUAUCGUGGGUUUAUGCUGGACACAGCGCGUAAUUAUUUCCCAAUCUCCGACAUUAAGCGGACGCUCGAUGCUAUGAGCUGGGUCAAGAUCAACCAGUUCCACUGGCAUGUCGUGGACAGCCAGAGUUUCCCGCUGGAGAUCCCCGGCUUCACCGACCUUGCGGACAAGGGCGCGUACUCAUCCUCGCAGACGUACAGCCUGGCUGAUGUGCGGGACAUCGUCUCGUACGCCGGCGCGCGCGGAAUCGACGUAAUGGUCGAGAUCGACACGCCCGGUCACACUGCGGUCAUCGCGCAGGCGCACCCCGAUUUCGUCGCAUGCGCCGAGGCUACUCCGUGGGCAUCUUUUGCGAACGAACCGCCCGCGGGCCAGCUGCGCUUUGUGAACGCGACGGUCACGAGCUACAUCGCGGACCUCUUCGUCGCGGCGGCGAAAAUGUUCCCGUCGACACUGUUCAGCACUGGGGGUGACGAGUUGAACACGAACUGCUACGCUGCGGAUACUCCGACGCAGGCUGCGCUCAACGCUUCCGGCAGCACGCUGGAGGAGGCGCUCAACGUAUUCACGCAAAAAACGCACCAGGCUCUUGAGGCGAAGGGCAAAACGCCUGUCGUAUGGGAAGAGAUGGUUCUCGUUCACAACGUGACCCUCUCCAAGGACACGCCAGUGCUGGUGUGGAUAUCCUCGGACAACGUCAAGGCCGUUGCGCAGGCGGGCCACAAGCUUAUCCACGCUGCGUCCGACUACUUCUACCUUGAUUGCGGCGGAGGCGGAUGGGUCGGCGACUUCCCCUCCGGGAACAGCUGGUGUGACCCUUUCAAGACAUGGCAGCGCUCCUACUCGUUCGACCCGGUCGCCAACCUUACGGCUGCAGAGAGCAAGCUCGUCCUGGGAGGCCAGCAUCUCCUCUGGACCGAGCAGUCGGGCCCGCAGAACCUCGACCCGGUCGUGUGGCCACGCGCCGCAUCGUCCGCCGAGCUCUUCUGGUCAGGUCCAGGCGGGAACAUCAGCGCGGCCCUUCCGCGUAUACACGACCUCGCGUACCGCUUCCGCCAGCGCGGCGUGAACGCCAUCGCUCUCCAACCCGAGUGGUGUGCGUUGAGAGCGGGGGCGUGCGAUAUUGAUGCGUGAUCUGGGUUGCGUGUACAGUGGGCGGACCUUACGGCUGCGAUGGACGUUUGGAUGUCAUUCUCGAUACGAAGCUAUGAUACUAGCGUUCAUAUCAGGUUGUCCAUCCCCAAGCCCAAAGUGUUCGCCGUUCGCGCGAUACCUGUACAUCGUGUGUCGCCGACAAAUCUGUUUGAACUUAGAGCGUAAGAUGUGGUAUUCUUACAUCACCGUCUGCCCACUGCGAUGGCACGUCGCGCGUCGCGCUCCGGCAGUUCCAGAUUUGAGCGUUGUGAUUCAUCUUGUCAAACAUACAAUGUUUCCUCCGUACUUUCGACGAGGUUACGGUAUAACAAGACUGCGGUAGACAGUUUAAUCAAUAAUGUCUGGGAAAUCAAGAAAGUCGGCAUCCACGGGGUGCGCCUCGGGCUUGGGUCGCCGACGGGUGGGCACCUUGAAGCGCACAUCCCGAUGUCCAGGUCGUCGCAGCAAACAGUAUUGCCCAUCGUGCAACAGGAACUUCUCCGCUCCGGGUUCGAUUUCGUGCUGAGGGAUCCCGAAUGAACACUCGAGAGAGCGCAUGGAUAUGAUUGGCCCGGACCCUAUUGGCGUGUUCGGGUCGGGGAGGCAGAGGAGGUCGAAUUUGAAUGGCGAGUUGACCGGUUCGCCUGUGGAGGUAAGUACGAAGUCGAGGCAGUAAUCCUUGCUUUCGGCGUUGCCUGAGAACAGGCGGACGGAGUAUUCGCUUCCAGGGAGAGGCCGGACGAAGACCUCCGGGUCCCCUGGGCUUGGUUUGAAGCCAGUCAUGUCCAAAAGCUCGUCUAGAUCUUUCGUUGCUCCGCCUACCACCGCUUCAUACGAG